GUUGAGCAAGCGCCAGGAUCUGUGGGGCUGUGUGGUCCGUGUCUCAAGGAAGUCAUUUGCACGCUUGCGCCACCACACGCGGGCACGAGAACUCGCAUAGGGCUGACUACAAUGUACAGCUCGCAACCACUUGGCCAGCUGGGCAGAUGCGGCGGCCUGUCCUCGCGCAUGGCUACCCGGCCAGCCCUGCCACUCCAAUGCGUCGCCGCGCCGCGUGCGGGCCUGGCGGGCCGCUCGCUAGCGCUGACGGUGCGCGCGGCCAAGGGUUUUGGUAAGGCCAAGCCGCAGCCGGUGCGCCGGCCGGGCGAGUCGGACGACGACGACGACGACGGCAGCUCGGCCCAGCAGCAGCGGCGCCGCAAGGGCAAGACCGUGAAGCUGUACCCCGGCGCGAUGGGCCUCAUCCCGGGCCAGGCGCAGCAGCAGCGGGUGGCGGGGCCGCCUCAGGCGGAGGGCGCCGCCAGCAUGGCCCCCGAGCUGCUGGUCCCCAGCGCGCCCACAGAGGAGGAGGACGACUUCGCCGCCCGACUGGCCGCACUCAAGGAGUCCGGCCGCGAGCGCGCCGCCGCCUCCGCCUACACGUCCGCCUCCGCCACCGACGCGCUCUCCGCCGCGCCAGCCAUCUUCGACGCAAAGUCCAACGGCGCCAGCCCUGCCGGCGGCCCCGCCACAGCCGCCGCCGCCUCCGACGACAUCUACGCCAACCCGCCGCCGCUGGCGCAGACGCUGCUCAAGGCGGCGGGCGGCGGCGCCGCCGCCAGCACCAUCUCCGACCCGGCGCUGCGCGACGCCAACAUCGGCCCCAGCCAGCUGGGCCUGGCGGGCGGGGCGCUGGUGUUCAUCGCGGUGUUCCUGGUGGUGGCGGCGGGGGACUACGCCCCGGCCAGCAAGCGCUACGCGGGGGUGCGGCCGGCGCAGUCGCCGCCGGACGCCAUUGAGGCCAAGAUCCUGGCUGGCAAGGUGGCGCUGUACGAGGACCAGAUCAAGGCCGACCCCACCAAUGACGCCGCCACGGAGGCUCUGGCCACCACCUACGCGCAGCUGCUGCAGUACGACAAGGCGGCCGGGCUGCUGGAGAAACUCACCAAGAGGAACCCGGCGGACUCGGAGGCGUGGCGGCUGUUGGGCGAGAGCUCCCUGCUCAGCCAGCAGUCGCGCAAGGCUGUGCCGGCGUUUGAGAGGGCGGUGGAGCUGCGGCGCGCGGCGGUGGGCCCGCCCGUCAACACGGCGGGCGGCGUGGUGAUGCAGCCGGACCUGCAGCUGCUGACGGGGCUGGUGGACGCAUACAUCGCCAAUGGCGAAUACGGCAAGGCGGUGGACGCGCUCCGUGGUGUGCGGGAAGAGCUUCGGGCGGCGGCGCAGCAGCCCCCGCAACAGCUACCCGCCACCCCCGCCGCCACCCCGGCUGCCACUGCUGCCGCCUCCACCAGCCAGCCGCCCGUGCUGGAGGCGCCGCCGCUCACGGGCGACGCCGACACCUCCACCGCCGCCUCCACCUCCUAUGCCUCCGAGCCCGCGGCAGCCGCCUCCGCCGCCUCAGCCACCUCGGCCGCCUCGGCCGCCUCCACCUCCUCCUCCUCCGGCCCCGACCUGCCUCCCGCGCGGCCGCUGGACCCGGUGGGGCUGGAGCUGCUGACGGCCAAGAGCUUCGCGGCGUGGCGCGGCCACGAGCAGGACGCGCUGGCCACCUACGAGGAGCUCAUCAAGGCCUUCCCCGAGGACUACCGGGGCUACCUGGCCAAGGGCGUGUUCCUCAAGGAGCGAGGCCGCAAGGCGGACGCGGAGCGCAUGUUCCUGCAGGCCCGCUUCUACGCGCCCGCCUCCAAGCAGCAGCUGGUGCGCGCCAUUGCCGACGCCACGCCCACCGCGCCGCAGCUGCCGGACAACAACUAGAUGUGAUGUGGCGGCACGGGGCGGGGCGGGCGGUGUGUGGGGGGCUGUGCGGCAGUGGGCGCUGGCCGUGCUGGUGGUGGGGCUGGCGGCGGCGGUGGUGGUGGUGUAGAGGUGUGUUAGAGGGGGCGGACUGGGCAGACGGGUGGGCUGGCAGGUGGACGACUGGAGGAUGGGCGGGGCGCGAGCUAGACGCGCAGGAGAGGGAGAAGUUCGGGGCGCUGAGGUGCAGGAGAGGGCGAAGUCCGGGUGGCUGGGGGGCGGGGCUCGGGUGGCCGUGGUGUGCGAGCUGGCCACACGUCCACAACCAAAGCAAGCGACAAACUGCCGAUCUUCAUCAUGAAGUGUUGUUGAAGAUUUCUUGGGUCCUCUAAACCAACGGAGCAGGUUGGAAUGAAGAAUCUGUGACGGGUGGUGCGUGCUACACAUAUGUAGGCGGGUGUUGGAAGUAUGCGCAGUAUGCAUCCUCUGAUUGCAUUCGGGUCCUUCUCGAGAAUGUGAGUUCGCGGAUAUCAGAGCCAAUCCGCGCAGCAGGUCAGAUUCAAUAAGUUACAGCCUCGGUUGGGCCGCACGAUGGCCGUGUGCCGCAAGUGCUGUGCGCCUGUGCCUCCUAUGUCCAUGUCCACCGUCUACCUCCCAUGUACCUAACUCGGCCU